AUGACGUCCUCGCAUCAAGUGACGCAGAUCGCGCCAGUCAACAUCCACGCUCCAUCCACCAGCAUGUCGGACAGCUACUUGUUCACAGUGGGCAAGCUAGAUGCCGGCAUGGCCAUCUUGAUCGGCGAUCGUGCCAGUCUGAUCGAGUUCCCAAGCUUGCUGCUGCCUCCCGACGUCACGAGCGGAUCCAUCGUCAAUAUCAGCGUAAAGAGGAACAAGCAAGAGGAGAGGCAGCGCAACGACGACUUUGAUCAGUUGCAGCAAGACAUUCUCUCCACUUUUGGUCUGCACUCACCGGAACCUCCUCGACUGCGGAUCCGCAACGUGACGCAGACGUCGGUGACGUUGGAGUGGGACAAGCUGUCGCUGGCCUCUGCUACGCUCCUCUCCUUGGACAUUUACAGAUCAGAUCGGUGGACGCCCAUGUCGCGCAGGUUGGCAGCCAUUCCCAAUCCCCUUCACAACACCUCCACCAAGCUGAGCGGGCUGGACGUGGAUGCAGAGUACGGCUUCCACCUCGUCUUACAGACCACCGCAGGCACCUACGCUUCGCAGCCAGUCAAGGUCAAGACGCACAAGAUGACCGAUACGCACGGCAUCGCCGUAUGCUUUGGAAAUGUCGCGGAUCCGCAGCUCGAAGAAGCGGCCAAGGAGCAGCUCAAGGUGAUGGGUGCUCGGUGGACGGAAAAGAUUGCCAUCGACACGACGCACUUUGUCUGCUCAGACCCAAGGAACAGGGAAGCAGCGUCUGAGGGCAGGACAGGUCCUGCACACGGCACCAUGUACCUCAAAGCGACGCAGCUCAGCAUACCGGUGGUGCAGCCACAUUGGAUCUUCGCGUGCGCGGAGCAAAAGCGAAUGGUGCCCAUCUCCAGCUUUUACCUCGACCAAGAGCCUCCGAAUGGUCACGCUGUCAGGGACUCCAUUUCACGUCGAAGGCAGAGUCAGAGCGCCUCGUCUGAGCUAGCAGAGGGAGCGCGGGAAGGGCCCAGAGCAGAACCGGCAACGCCACAAACGGCGAGCACGGAUGUCACGACACCUGGAGGUAUUCCUAACAUAGACGCCAGCUUGGCAGCUGCCUCGCUGCCUCCCAUCGCCGUGGCAGAGCAAGGCACUGUGGAUGGCGACGCGCUCAAUGAGGAGGAUCUCAAGACCCCACCGGCACCCGCACCAAAGGACUUGCCUCUGGCCGAGAAUGCCGAGCCUCUCGAUGAUCGACGCACGGACGAGGCAUCGACAGAGCAUCACACGGGGACGGAAGCGCACGCACUCGAGCCGUCCACUAGCUCUUCGUCCGGUUUCAGCGAUGUCAAUUUGAAUUCACCAGCUAGAAUGGAAGAUGAAGAGGAAGUGGACCUAUCAUGA